UCUAGCCCAUCUGAAACAAUCUAGGGUUUCAGAAAUCUGAAGAGGCAGAGGUUUCCCGGUAUCUAAACAAGGAAUCUGAAGAGGUAGAGGUUUCCCAUCAAAAAAAAGAAAAGAAAAAAGAGGUAGAGGUAGAGGUAGAGGUUUUUGGGUGAGUUUACAGAGAAAGAGAGAGAGAGAGAGAGAGUAGGAAUCAUGCCGGCUGGACAUGGUUUGCGAUCAAGAACAAGAGAUUUAUUCUCACGUCCAUUCAGGAAGAAGGGUUAUAUUGCUCUUACCACUUACUUGAGAACCUUUAAGAUUGGUGAUUAUGUUGAUAUUAAAGUGAAUGGUGCUAUUCAUAAGGGUAUGCCUCAUAAGUUUUAUCAUGGUCGGACUGGUAUUGUCUGGAAUGUUACCAAACGUGCCAUCGGCGUUGAAAUCAACAAGCAGGUUCGUGGAAAUAUUCUGAAGAAGAGGAUUCACGUGAGAAUAGAGCAUGUGCAGCCAUCAAGGUGCAGGGAAGAGUUCAAAUUGAGGAAGGUCCAGAAUGACAAGUUGAAGGCUGAAGCAAAAGCUCAUGGGGAGAAGAUCAGCACUAAGAGACAGCCAGAGGGACCUAAGCCUGGUUUCAUGGUUGAGGGUGCCACCUUAGAAACUGUGACCCCCAUUCCCUAUGACGUGGUCAAUGACCUCAAAGGAGGAUAUUAGGAUAACUUUGCAUUUCGCAGUGCUUCGCCACCAAUCUUGGUUCUCUUUUGUAUUUUGGAAAGGGUGAUUAUCAGAUUUUGACAUCUAGUAAUUGUAGUGACAAUGUUGCUCUGGAUAAAUUUGUUUUUCAAGACUGAGCCUGUGUUCUGCAACAACAAUGUUUUUGAAGGACCAUUAUACCAUUUUCCUAGUAUUGAUA